AUGGAGGGUUUUACAACAAUUCCCAGUAGACAGAAAGAGAGCGCAGCGCCAGGGCCAUUCUUUCCGCAUGAAAUUAUACACGAAAUCCUUCUCAAACUACCCACAAAAUCUCUCUUGCGAUUCAAGUCUGUUUGCAAAACAUGGCGUGAGUUAAUCUCAACUCACGAGUUUGCCAUAAAUCAUCUCACUGAAACAUCUGAAAAGUUCCGUAGAAUUGGAGUCAUCGAAUUAGAAAACUUAAGGUAUGACCAUCUUUCUCUAUACAGUCUUGCCACUCAAGGCGCAUCGCGUGCUGGGGAAGCAAAAAAAGAAACAAUUUGUUUCGCUCCUACAGCCAAUGAAUUUAUUUUUACCAGGAUAUGGCCUUACGAUGGCAACAGAAGAAUCAUCUGCACCAAGGUAUUGGGGUCGUGUAAUGGUAUGUUACUGAUACGAUUAGAAACUGAUGAGGGAUCCAAUGGAGUCCCAGUGACAUUCCUGCUAUGGAAUCCAACAAUUAGGGAAUUCAAGAUGAUUCCAGGAUUCUAUAUUAGAAGUUCUUUUCGUUUUCAGGUUUCGGGGUUUGGUUACAAUUCAUCUAUUGAUAAUUACAAAGUGGUAGUGAUUAUGUCUAAUUGGAACAGUGAUUUGGUACAUGGUUUAAUUUAUAAUCUCAAGACAAAUUCAUGGAAACAAGUGGAAAAUUUUUACUUCCCUCCCAGUCACAUUUACUUACCUGAUGAAAUAGGAACAACACUUGUGAAUGGAGCUCCACAUUGGGUAACACUGAGCUUAAACGAAGGUGAGGUUAAUAAAAUAAUUUAUUUUGAUUUAGUAGAGGAGGAGUUCAAGGAGUUUCUAUCUCCUCCUCCUUCAGUCGGUACUUUCAGGACUUCUUUGGGUAUUUUUGAAGGUUGCCUUUGUGAAAUUCGACUUCGAAGGGAAGAAAAUUACACUGAACAUACAUUAGAGGUUUGGGUUAUGAAGGAAUAUGGAGUGACAGAAUCAUGGAUUAAGUUGAUGAAUUUGUCAUUAGGUUUAUGGCUUAGUAAUACAAGACACAUAAGGCCAUUAACUGUUUCAAAGAAUGGUGAUGAAGUGGUUAUGAUUAUAUAUUGGCGUAACAUGGUUUCAUUCAACCCUACAACAGGAGAAGUGAAGAAUGUUUCGUUGCGUGUUGAUAGGGGUCAUGUGACAGCUUCUUAUGAGGAGAGUCUUGUUUCACCAAAUCGAUUCGGUACGACAGGCUCAGAAGAUGGUACAUACUAA